AUGGUCAACACCAAGGCCCCCGCUGCCUUCCCGCCGCCCAAGACCGAUAAACCUCGCCCCCACAUCUGCGGCACUUGCCAGCGCUCCUUCGCCCGCCUGGAGCAUCUCAAGCGACAUGAGCGGUCGCACACUAAGGAGAAACCGUUCGAGUGUCCCGAAUGCGCACGGUGCUUUGCUCGCCGGGACCUGCUUUUGCGGCACCAGCAGAAGCUACAUCAGACAACGACGCCGUCGUCCCGACCCCGCAAUCGCCGCGAGAGCGCGAGUGGGGCGACACCGGGUGCCAGCCGGGUCCGGAAGAAUAGCGUCGUGGGCCCCGGUGCCGCCGCCGCCGGCAACAAUGCCGCUUCCAUGAGGCCUAGGGCAAACACGAUCAGCCAUAUCGAUAAUGCGGCCAUCCAGAUGAUGGCUGCUGCCACUGCCCAGACCUCAAGGAUGCCGCCCACCCACAGCCGCCAUCCAAGUUUGAUUGGGUUGCCAACCCAUCACGGUCUUGAAGCCUAUGGCAUGGCUUCUGCCUUGGCCCAUCGCGGAGCGCCACUCGGUUUGCCCAAGCUCGAGACGCACGGGAUCAGCGGCAUGGACUUUUCUGGUGGCCUUCGGACAGCUCCAGCAAUGCCAUUCGGCUCCGAGUUCGACAUGGAGGGUAGCUUGUUUUUUGGCGGCUCCUCGGGUUCCACUAUCAAUCCCAAUGCUCUACACUACAACGACUCCCCACCGUCGAUGGCUAUGGACGCCCUCUCAUCUUUCCCUCAUGGGCUCCCCGACAUGUCGGCCGCCACACAAUCGCUGGACGACUUCGACUGGGUAACAGGCUUCGAUCACACAAUGUCGUUCAACAAUGGGCCGGUAGAGACCGCCGUGGACGGUUCCUCGCCCUCCGCACUGAGCACCACAAGCCAGAGCGGCAUCAGCGAUGUCAUGGUGGACGGCUCGAAUCACCACACCGCCACGGCGGCGACGAGCUCGAUGUGGCAGACGUCUAUCAUGGGGCCCCCACAAAUGAGUAACCCCUUCGCCCUUGACAUCGGCGGCUCCGUCUUCCCAGAUCUCUUGAACGGCGCGCCCGUGUCGCCGCAACCAUCGUCCGCCAAACCCAUGGGGGAGACAUAUUUCUCGACUCCUUCACCCUCGCUGCUCUCGAGCUUGAACACGCAGAACAUGAACCAAGCGCUCAGUUUUGGUGCCGGUCCGGAGACGCCGUCCUCGAUGAAUGGUAGUAAUCAUGGCACCCUACCCGUCUCGACAAUCACUGAUUCAACAAGAAAUGCCAUCCUAGGUGCCCUGUCGGCCUCCCAGGCGUCCCAGUUUGCCGUCCCCGAUCACCGCUAG